AUGUUGAGAAAUUCCAGACUAAGUUGUCGUGCUGUUCAACUCACAUGCUUUAAGAGGGCUCUUUCUUCAUCUCCUGUAAAGCCACCUCAGCUUACGUCCACACCAGUGAAAAGAAGAAGAUUUAAGUUUUCUUAUGAGAGGUCUGAAAAUACAGUUAUUGAUCAAAAACAAUUGAAAGUGCCCGAGAAUAAGUUAGAUUUCAAAAAAUACCAAAGAAAUAACAUCUCAUUAAACAUUUCUGAGGCACAGGCCAAAAAGAUACCGGCUGUUAUUACACUUCACGCCAGAUUACAGUUACCAUCAUCAUAUAAAUAUUCAACUAUUGUGCGUGCUUUGACCUGUCCGAAGGAAGGUGAACAGUACCCGGAUAAUAAACAGUUAGCUAUAUUUGGAGCGAAUCUUCUUUCUUUCUAUACAACAGAGUAUUUAAUCACAAACUAUCCUAGAUUGCCAAUUUCUAUUACAAAGAAUGCGGUGGAUGCUUAUAUUGGCGAUUUUUCACUUGCGGAUGUUGCAAAGAACAGCUGGGGUAUAGAAGAAGACAGAACAUCAAAUAUUGAGAAGUAUUUGGCAGACGAGCCAUCUUUGUUCAGGUUUGGAAGACUUAGAUUCGACAGGCGUGUUACUCGGGUGGAAAAAGGAAUAACUAAAUUUGGAUGUCCGACUGAAACAACUUUGGAUGACAGUACAGCGUUUGCGAAUGCAGUGAGAGCUAUAAUUGCAGGCGUUUACGCUCAUGAGGGUGAAGAAGCAGCCAAGAAAUUCACACACAAACACAUCCUAUCUAGAAAGAUUGAUAUACCUUCGAUGUUUGAUUUCAAAGAACCAGGAAAACUCUUGACUAGACUUUUAAGGGUGAAGGGGAUGGAGCCAUUAACUGUGAGGCUGAUGAGUGAAAGUGGUCGUCUUUCAAACAGAGCAGUAUUUGUUGUAGGCUGCUUUAGUGGAGAAAACCUACUUGCCGGCGGUGAGGGUUCAUCAUUGAAAGAAGCUAGAAUUAGAAGCUUUGUCAAUGCACUAAAAGCAUUUUACUUGUACAAACCAUUAGAUUCCAAGAUGCCAAGUGAUAAAGAGUUUAACCCACUGUUUGUUGAUGAAGGUGAACCCUUCUACUGA